UCUGCCUCUGCCCGAAGCCGGAAGGUGCUCGCAUUCACGCGGAGGCCGGGCUGGGCGUGGGCCCCGCAGCGGAGCAGGGAGGGAGUUAACGCUAACUCCUCCCCUCCCCCUGACAUCACUGGACGAGCGAGGUGGAGGCUGGCGCUGGGCGUGUGAGAGAAGGAGCGAGAGGAAGGAUCGUGGCUUCACUCUGUACCCUGGCAGCUCCACAUUGUUGCGGAUCGCCUCGGCCCGGCAGAACGGCGGUGGAGGCGGGGACACGUGGCGCACCCGCCUGGCUCUCCUCUCGGAGUCGCACAGCCCGAGCAGCCCCGGCUGCUGGCCACUGGGCCGCGAGCCUACUGCCUGGGCCCCGAGCCCACCAAGCCGCCCGCCCUGCCCGCCGCUUGGGCUCGUCCACUCCCCACCCCUCCCCCUCAGAGGACGGUGGGCCAUGGACGCCAGCAAGUUGGAGGCGAGCGCGAGGGUGUGAGUGCGCCCGGAGCCGGGAGCCCCACGCUGCUGGGCACCCGGGCUUCUAGGGGGUGGGUCCUUCUCUCCAGACCGCUCUGUGUGGAAGAAGAGGGUGGGGAACGGCGCGGGGAGGAGAACAGAGGAGGAAAGGGGGCAUGAUUCCUGCAACCAGCGAGGGGCAUCUGCCGAGCCUCUGAGCCACCGGUAACCUAGGGCCUGGAUUGCUGCCGUGCUGAGCCCACCCCACCCACCCAGCCGCGGCCAACCGCUGCGGCUUACCUCGAUCCUCGAGCGCGCGCCGGCCGCCAAGGGUCUGUCUUCAUCUUCCACCUGGUUUCUGGAGCUCGAGGAGCGCUUUCCUCAAUACCCUUCUCGCUGGAUCUCCGGCCCCCAAUGGCUCGGAUGGGACUAGCGGGUUCCGCUGGACGCUGGUGGGGACUCGCUCUCGGCUUGACUACAUUCUUCCUCCCUGGUGCCCACACCCAAGUGGUCCAGGUGAACGAUUCCAUGUAUGGUUUCAUCGGCACAGAUGUGGUGCUGCACUGUAGCUUUGCCAACCCACUGCCUGGUGUAAAGAUUACCCAAGUCACAUGGCAGAAGGCCACCAAUGGCUCCAAGCAGAACGUGGCCAUCUACAACCCAGCCAUGGGUGUCUCUGUGCUGCCUCCCUACCGUGAGCGUGUGGAGUUCCUACGGCCCUCCUUCAUUGAUGGCACCAUCCGCCUCUCCCGCCUGGAGCUGGAGGAUGAGGGUGUCUACAUCUGCGAGUUUGCCACCUUCCCUGCUGGCAAUCGAGAGAGCCAGCUUAAUCUCACUGUGAUGGCCAAACCCACCAACUGGAUAGAGGGUACCCAGGCAGUACUUCGAGCCAAGAAGGGGUAUGAUGAUAAGGUCCUGGUGGCUACCUGCACCUCAGCCAAUGGGAAGCCACCCAGUGUGUUGUCCUGGGAAACACGGUUGAAGGGUGAGGCAGAGUACCAGGAGAUCCGGAAUCCCAAUGGCACCGUGACUGUCAUCAGCCGCUACCGCCUGGUGCCCAACCGGGAAGCCCACCAGCAGUCCCUGGCCUGCAUAGUCAACUACCACAUGGACCGAUUCCGGGAAAGCAUCACCAUCAACGUGCAAUAUGAGCCCAAGGUGACCAUCGAGGGAUUUGAUGGGAACUGGUACCUGCAGCGGAUGGAUGUGAAACUCACCUGCAAAGCUGAUGCUAACCCCCCAGCCACCGAGUACCACUGGACCACGCUGAAUGGCUCUCUCCCCAAGGGUGUGGAGGCCCAGAACAGAACCCUUUUCUUCAGAGGACCCAUCAAUUAUAGCCUGACAGGGACCUAUAUCUGCGAGGCCACCAACCCCAUUGGUACCCGCUCGGGCCAGGUGGAGGUCAAUAUCACAGAAUUCCCCUACACCCCAUCUCCUCCUGAACAUGGGCGGCGGGCCGGGCCAGUACCCACGGCCAUCAUUGGGGGCGUGGCAGGGAGCAUCCUGCUGGUGCUUAUCGUGGUUGGCGGGAUUGUGAUGGCCCUGCGCCGGCGCCGUCACACCUUCAAGGGUGACUACAGCACAAAGAAGCAUGUGUAUGGCAACGGCUACAGCAAGGCGGGCAUCCCCCAGCACCACCCACCCAUGGCCCAGAACCUGCAGUACCCUGAUGACUCAGAUGAUGAGAAGAAGGCCGGCCCACUAGGAGGGAGCAGCUAUGAGGAGGAAGAGGAGGAGGAGGGUGGUGGAGGGGGCGAACGCAAGGUGGGAGGCACUCAUCCCAAAUACGACGAGGAUGCCAAGCGGCCCUACUUCACAGUGGAUGAGUCCGAAGCCCAUCAGGACAGCUAUGGGGACCGGACUCUGGGCUACCAGUAUGACCCUGAGCAGCUGGACUUGGCUGAGAACAUGGUUUCUCAGAAUGAUGGGUCUUUUAUUUCCAAGAAGGAAUGGUAUGUGUAGUCUCCUCUCCAGAGCCUCUGUCUUCACCCCUUCUCCCCAGCCCCUACCCACACACCCCCUGCCUUUCUUCCACUUACCCCUUACUGCCAAAUCCUCCACAAACUGACAAGAGACUCACCCAACUACCCAAAGCCAGCUCCUUACUCCCAGGGAGCCAGGGAGUUCAGGGCAAAUGCCACCUGCUUUGUUUUGAUUCCCUCCCUGUCCCCUGUUCUCCCCAUGGUGUCAUGCUCGCUAUGGCUUUGAUAUUCCUGUACCUUCCCUCCCCAACUGCAGCCUCCUGCCCUUUGUACAAGAUGCCAAUUCUUACCUUGUGUACCUAGGCAUCUGUCUUUCCAGGGUUUGUGGAGCCAGCCCUCCCCUGUCCCAACACUGGAAUUUCUCUGUGUUCUCUCCACUGGGGGCAGGAGGCUGCAGGGCCUCCCAGAGGAAAAGCCUUACCCCCAGAUACUGCUCCUUUGUUCCCAAGAAGAGGGAACUCAACACCCCCAACAUGAGCUGACACAGCUGGGAAUUUGAACCCCAGUCUAGACAGAAGUUUCACCCAAGAGGUAGGGUGUGAGGUGUGACUUCUCUGAAGCACCCAGGGUUGUCUGGGUAAAUCAGGUUGAAUAGAGUUGAGGUCCCCCUGGGCAGUGUGUUUUCCUCAUGAGGUUGGUUUUUUUUUUCCUCGUUAUCCUAGAGAGUAAUGUCCUAAGUGACCCUCUUCUUUACCCUUUGGCUCCCCACGGAAUGGGACUCCAAGGUGUACUCUGACCCACACUUCCCACAGCUCUACUGACAGACACAUACCCACAUACACACACACUAGGCUUCUGUGCACCCAAAAAAAUACGUACCUUACCCAGGCUGGAUACUGACCAAGGCUUGCCCCUCUCUGCUCCAUUUCUUUCCCACUCCCCUCUGACAGUGGAGAGGCCUUCAGAAGCCUUUAGGACAGCUGAGACUAGGUCCCCAAUGCCUCCACCUAGUAUCUCAGGCUGUCCCUAAACUGCUUCUCUGGCAUGGAAGUUUCUCAGAUUUUUCUUAUCUAUUCAGUGCUAGCAACUCCUGAUUCUCUUGGGGAGUCAGGGCUGGCAUCCCAGAAGGGAAAUGCCUCUUGGAGUUAGAGGUGAGCAAGUACCCAGGUGGAGGGUAUAGGGAGGAAGCCCUGUGAUAGAAGCUCUGCAAAUACAGUCACAGACUCUGAAGGGUGUAGGUAGCACCUCACCCACGAAGGCCAGAAAGUGCAAGAGGAAUAGGGGAGCCAGGGAUGCUGAGUCAGAAGCUCCUACUUGCUCCUGCUCACCACUCUCUACUUCCUGUUAGCUAUUCCUGGCCUUUGUUCUGGGUGAAGGACACCUUGGAGAAGUUUUCCCUUUGAGUUGUAGAUUUCCCCCUUGAAUGGACUUCUGAGUUCCUGUCAGUCACCCAAGACUCAGUCUUCUCAUCUCUAAAAUGGAGGGAGUCUCCUCCCAGCCCUCUCAGUUCCCUUAGCUCAAAGUGCCUCAGUCCCUCCAUCUAUACUCAUUGCCCCCUAUACCUCACUCCUGGCACUCUAGAUAAGAAAGACCCUGUGAUGGGAGAGGCAGGUUCAUGCCUGCCUAUUAGGAUUCUGGUUAAAUCAGCCCAGGGUGUCAGGAGCUCUAUGGGAUGGCAGCUGUUGGGGGUAGGGGACAGACCACUCUGUUUACCGUGGACACUAGCCAGCUCUGCCAUAGGCUUCCUAGGAAAGCUCCCAGCUCCAUCCUCUACCCCAUUUCUUCCUGGUGCUGCUGUUGGACCCCUAACCAGCUCUAUCUCUGUCCUGGCAACCCUGGGCCCACCAUGUGGGCCUCCCUCGCCUGGCCCCCAUUGCCCUAGCCCCAGUCCAGGCCACCCAGUAGCCACGUAGCAGAAUUCUGAAGCCAUGCCAGCUCUGGGGCCAUUCUCCCCUCUUGGCAUUGAGAGUACUGGAUGGAGUGGAGUUAGGGGAGAAAAUUCUGGGGUCUUACUAGCCACAGGGCAGAGGAGGGGUGGAGGACAUGGGCUGUUUCUCCCAGUAGUGUUAUUGUCCCCCCAAGGCAAAGGACCUUUUCCAUGUCAUAUCACUGCCCAUCCCACCUCAUGCCACUCUGACUCCUGUGCCUGGUUUCCUUGCCCCUAGGCAGGAGGAAAUCCCAGGGACCUGCCCGGUAAAGUCAUUCUCUGCCCCCUUGAAACCAUAAGACCAAAAGGAUUCCUCCUGUGUUGACCUGACCCUGCACUGCCAACCCCUAUUUCUUACUUUAUGAUGGACUUAGAAGGCCCCCAGGCCCAGCCAAAGGGGGACGCAGCACUGAGUCCCCCUUAAGACACCUCCACACCUUCCACCCAAACAAAGCACAAAUUGUUAUGCCUAUGCCACAUGCAUUGGUCGUAUGGGAGCUCCUGCCUAGCCCAGAACCCAAUUGCAGCAUUACCAGCAGGGAAACUGCUCCCCAAGGCCAAGAGUGGGCUUGAGGCAGGGGUCAGCACUUGGGCUGGAGAGAUGGGUUUUCUGUGCCCCAAGUUUGUGGGCAUGUGAGCAUUGCUGCUGGGCCUACAGACACAGCCUCUAGCAAAGGGAAGGUGUGGCCGAUCAGAAAGAAGAGGAUGUUCUCCUCUGUGAUACCAGCAUGAGCUAAGCUUCUGCCCUUGCUGGAAAUGAAAUAAACUUGGUAUUCAUUGUGCCAAGAGCUUUCCAGUUGUCAUCCUGCCUCUUCUUGCCCUCCCUGCCCUUGCCCAGCCCCUGCUCCAUCUGUAUUUAUAUUUCCUUAAGAUUUUGAUUAUCUAAUGUAAUAGAAUCUCUGAGCCCCUUCUAUCAGAAAAAUCUGAAAGGUAGCAGCAUGGGAAUGCACGUGCAGCCACCUGAGG